AUGUUAUCAAAAAAAGAUUAAAUUAGAAAGUUAAUUGAUAAUUAGUUUUAUUAGGGCAAUGUUAUGUCUAUAAAAUAAACUCUAAUGGUAAAUAAUGAAAGCUAUGAAAAUGAAUUUUUAUAAAAGCCUCCCUCAUAUUAAUUUUAAUAUUUAUAAUUGGACAGAGGAAAACUAUAAUCAGUAAUAUAUAUUGACUAAUAAGAUUAAUGCAAAAGAAUCAAGUAGAACAAAAUUAAGAAAUAAUUCUGUUAGCAAUUAAAAGAAUGAAAAUGAAAUAAAUUUAAUUUAAUAGUUGAAGCUUAAAAUUAGCAAAUUAUAAUCAUUGCUUCAAGAUCUGUUUAGCCUUUUAAAAUAAAAUGAAAAAGAUCAUAAUGGGCUUAUUACUGAAUUGCAUCAGAGAUUUAUUUCUAUAAUUAAAAAUAAUAAUGAAACCUAACCUAUGAAUUAAUUGAAUUUUUAUAAACAAAAUGGAUAAAUUUAUGGUUUAUCGACAAAUGAUUUAAAUGAUUGUAAUUUAACUAAAGAAACAUAGAAUGUUAAUGAAAAUAUUAAAGAAAUAUCAAUAUUUCAUUAUUAGGGAAUUUGUAAAAUGAUAAAAUUAUUGACUUUUAAUCAUCAAUCAUUUCUCUUUGGUGAAAUCUAAGAAGACAAAAUACUUUAAGAGAAAUAAUUUUUAUUAACAUAAAAUUAAAGUUUCAAAUCAAUAUUUUUCGAUUAAGGGGAAUCUAAUUAAUUGACAGGUUUUCUAGAAUUAAAUUCUACAUUUUCUAUUGAUAGUAUUCAACAAUAAGGAAGAAUUACAGAUGAAUUUAAUUAAGAAUACGAGCUUCAUGAUAUAAAUAUGUUAACAAAUUAAGGAAACAUAGUUGGAGCCUAGGGUAUCUAUAGAAAAGAUAUUGAUUCUGAAAUAUAAUUAUUAGAAGGGAAGCCAUUCAUAAACUCUUCUUAUUUGAAUUCAGAAAUAAAUGAUUGCCCUUAUGAAAUUUAAAGAUAAUUAUAUGAAUUUGAAGUUCAUUAAAAUAAAGAAAAUUUAACAAUAGAUAAAAUAACUUUAAAGUACUCAAUUAUAAGUAAUAUUUUGAUGAUAAUUUUUAAUAGAUAAAUUAAAUUAAAAUAAAACUAAACUUUAAAUUGAAAUAGGAAAACUAAAAGAUACAAAUUAUCAAAUUUUGAAAAAUUAAGUGUAAAAAGGAAAAAAUUUAUCUAUAACAUAUUCAAAUGUAAAUGAUUAAAAUAGUCUAACUAAUAUCGAAUUGAUUUGA